GGUAGGUUGCCGAGGCUUGAGGAGAAACCCAAGUUGCCCAAGCUGCACAUGCAUGGGAGAUCUGGCGAUGGACAGCCCGAUAUGAUACGGGAAUACCCUGCCCAACCUCGCCUUCAGGCAUACCCGUUGGCUCAGCUAUACCAUAUACCCUUAUUACACGGCACAAGCGGAUCGUCCCUAUAAUCGCAAUGCCAGUCAUCGGUUGUGCAGUGCUGCCCCACUCGGCCAUGGUCUUGGACCCGAAAGCGCCAAACUGCCCCGAAGGCAUCCAGGAAAUUCAUGACGGUUGCAUAGCUGUAGGAGAGGUCAUCGCUGCCUGGGAGCCAGAGCUUAUUGUAUUUCUGACCCCGCAUGGGAUUUCUGCCCCGAAAAGCCCUAGACCCGGAAUAUACCUCACACCCUCUGCGACUGGCUUGCUGGAGGACGAAGACAGCGACCCGAACAAUGGCAACUACGAACUUGCCAUUCAGAUCGAUGCCGAUGUCGCGACGGGAUUCUUAGAUCAUCUCGGGUCGGCAGGGGUUGCAUGCGUCAAGAUCACCGGCACAGAAGCACCACUGUCAAGCUCCGAGAUCAUCCCAUUAUGGUUCAUGCGCCGAGUAGCCCUCCUCAAACGAGCACCCAAAUACAUGCUCCUAUCUCUCCCCACCCCCGUCGGCGGCUCUAGCUCAGUGCGCUCUCAGACGGCAAAAGAGCGCAUCCCAGACCUGAUCCAGUAUGCGCACCACCUGCAUAAAUAUCUGAACUGGUUACCGCACCGGUCGGCGGUUGUGUUGUCGGGAAAUCUCGCGCAUACCCAUGCGACGAGGUGCAAGGAUCCGAGGUUCAUUCCGAAGCCGGACCAGAAAUUACCGAUUUCUGAUGCGGCUGCUGUCUUUGAUGGGAUGGUGGAAAAAUGGGCAAGCACACUCAACGGCAACUUCCUCCUCCAAGACGCCGCCGCCCUUGUCAAAGAAGCCAUCUCCUGCGGAUUCGACGGCUUAGUCGUCCUACAAGCGAUAAUUGAACGGGAAGGCAAAUCGAAGUUUUCCUCCCACGUGUUUGCACGCCACCGCCCAACCUACGUUGGCAUGCUCUGCGCCGUUUUCCAAGCCGACCGAAGAGUUCCGAAUCCGGAAUUGGCAUUCCAGAGAGUGCUUGUUGAUGAGUAUUGACAUAGGACUUAGGGUUUAGUAGUUGCUUGACUUUCAUCUCACGUUUUUUUUGACUUCGUACACCUAUAUAACCGUACAUUCCUACCUGUCUCCCAAUCCCCAUUCCCCACCACCCUUUUACCCCUUAUUGUGUACAUAGUAUUCCCCUUUCACCUCACGCCCGGUGCGGCG